CUGAGUUUCUCUGUUAAACCUGCUACAUAGGGGAUGACAAUGUUGUUUCAUUUGUCUUUCUGAUCCUCCAUAGUUGGUGUCUGAUCUUCUUUUCUGUGCAUCUUUGCUGACUUGAUGAAAGCCCAAUUAGGAUAACCUAAUUAUCCUAAUUGGUAGCAUUAAUGGAUGUUAGGAAUGAAAGGGCCUGACAGAAGACACAGAAGCCACUUUAAAUCCACACUGACAGCAGACAUUACUGUGAAGCAGCACAUGAACACAAACCUCACAGCACCAUCACAAUCUGAUCGUCUCCACAAGCUUAAAGAGCUGCUUUCACUUUCUAGAUCUCUGUCCUGUUUCCUUCUGCUCUGAUCUGCUUCUGUCCUUCAGCCUUAUCUACAACUCUGAACACCUGCAGCUGCUGUCUAUAAAGGUAAUGUUGUUUGUUGUCCUUUCAGACUGUCUGGUGGAGGUGAAGGAGGAGGAGGAGUCUGUCCAGCUGCCCUUCAAAACCACAGAAAACCUUCCUGAAGAUGCCACAGUAGAGUGGGACUACUGUGAACCUGAAUGCAGGAAGGUCCACGUGUAUGAGAACGGCUCUGACCAGCCUGACAAACAGGAUGAGGAAUACAGGGACCGAACAUCAAUGAAUGAAGACCCUCUAAAAACUGGAGACCUCAGUCUGACCCUGAAACACCCCACAGAGAGAGACAGUGGGAGAUACAGAUGUGAAGUCAAGCGUGGCUGUAAACUUCUCAGAAGGAAAAGGCUGUUUCUCAAAGGGAGAGUUCAGGUCCAGGAUCAAACAGGGGACAUCAGGAACAGAAGCAGCUACAUUGAUCCGACUCCUCUGAUGGCUGAUCAAUCAGUUUGAUCUGUGUUUGGUUAAGAGUGACGUUACUGUGGAGAGUGUUGAUGAAUCGGAUGAUGAAAAAGAGUAUAGUUACAGUUCAAGUACAAAAUGGGACAGUUUUCACAAUGACAUCUUUUUUUUUCUAUAUAGUGAUUACACAACAACUUUACACUUUCAGAGGUCUUUAUUUUUUGUCACACAGAAAACUGUGAACAUUUUCAUAUUUACUAAAAGCUUCCCUGCUGCAGAGGCUUUACUACACACUGUGAAUGUUCUCCAGCAAUGAUGGUGAUGAGCGUUUCCAUGAGGUCAGAGUACCUGCUGUCUCAGGAACAGCACACGUGUGACCUGUUAAAGUAGCUGUUCAUGUGUUUAUCAUCCAUCUCACUUCCACUUUGUUAGUCGGCCUCUUUAUCACCAACUUUUUACCUCACAGUCGGUUGAGUCCACCAUCGGAAACAGUCCCACUGGUAUUUCUCCAGAAAAAGUCUAGUCUAGUUAAUAUUAUGUUUAAAUUAACUAAGUAAUUAUUUAAUUAACCACACGCCCACUGUGGAAACAAUAAGCUGAGUAUUAAUGCUUCCUGACAUUCAUCAGGUUUACUUCAUUUAAUUGUGAAAAUGUUUUUAUUGACUGUUUAAAUAUAUUUAAAUAUUUAAAUAUAUUUCUCUGACUCUGAGUUAUUAAUGAAGUAAUGUCUCAUUUAGAAAUGACUUUUUAAAAUUUGUCUUAGAAUUUAGAAUUUGCUAAAUUAACUUAAUUAACUUAAUAACUGAGCUGAAUAAAUUCACUGCACGGCCAUAUUAUAUAUCCAUUAACCCAUUAGCCCCCUCUGUCAUGGCUCUGGCAGCAUCCAGCCUUCCUCCUUUUCUGUCUGUCCCUAGGGAGGAGGAAGAGGAUGAUGAUGAUGAUGAUGAUGAUGAUGAUGAUGACGAGGAGCUACUUGAAUUUCCCAGUUUGUAAUAAAUAUCUGUAAACUUGU